AUGCAGAUUAACGUCAAUGCCUCGUUGAUCGAUUUUGCGCCAUGUCUCUCAAAAUUUGCACCGGUCUUGUUUACAGCAAGUGUGCCCCAGCGGACAAGAUUCUCGCCAAGACCUGAUGCGCCUUUAAAUUACGUGCAAACGCUCGUUUUUUUUUAUAUACAUCAAUUUUUAUUGCGUUAUUCGAAAGUUUCAAUUGAAGUCCUAAUGAUUCAAAUAAACAACCAGCCUAAAAUCGUGGUGAAAAUAUUUUUUGGCUCCUAUUUUAUUGUAAAAUCAGCCUCUGCUUUCUGAAAUUUUUGCAAUAACUUGAAAUUAUUUUGUUAGAUUUAUAUUUUUUGUUUUUGUCUCUUUUUUCAAAAUCAACAAUUUUCUAUUUAUUCCAGAAGCACAAAUGCUGAAACAGCUCUCCAAAUUGCGGGUGAAUCUGGCCGUGAGGAGCAUGGCUUCCACUUCUUCUUCGAGGGAAAAAUAACAUCACAGUCCGUGCCAGAUUGCGCUCCGAUCCUCGGCAGGUGAGGUUUGAGAAUUAACGCAAAAAUUAUACAGAAAAAUGUUUUAUUUUAUGAAUUUAACAAGUUUUUUUCAGGAAAUGUUCUACGAAGACAAUGGUCGAGUUACGACGUAUGGAGAGUUCAUGAAACGCGCUGGACAAUACGCCUAUGUCCUUGCCUACAAGUACAAGAUUGAGGUACAUAACAGCUGAAAUGAAUUAGAAGUAAGACAGAUGAAAAAAAUUUUUAUUUGAGAUCAAAAUUUUCAAGUAUUUGUCUAAAAAUAAAGUUAAAGUUUAAAAAAACAGAAAGAAAUGAUUUUUUUGAAGUAACUAUUGGAACAAGUUCUAAAAAAAGCAAAAAAAUUAGCUAAAAAAAUAUUUUUUUUCUAGCUUUUCGUUUGAAGUUAUCAAAUUUUUUUGAGCCACUGGUAGCUGAUUAAUAAAAACCAGCAUAUCAAAGCUCCUAAUUAAGAAAAAAACUGAUAAAAAAACACGAGAAUUCUUUCUGAAAUGGCGUGAAUUAUACUUUAUCCAUCGUUAGCUUUCAACAAAAAGCACUACGAAAACUUGCGAUUUUUGACGCUACUCUCACAAUUUUUUUUGUCAAGCAGUUGUUUCAAGCCUACAAAAAAUAAACUGUCCUCAAGUUCACAUUUUCCUAUUUCAGAAAGGAGACCGAGUCAUGGCGCGAGUUUCAAAAACUGUUGACACAGUGGCUUUGUACAUUGCCUGUCUUCAAAUCGGAGCCGUCUACAUUCCAGUGAACACGGCUUACACGGAAAAAGAAGCAGCUCAUUAUAUCAAGGUACGAAAAUCUCAAAAAUUCAUAUUUUAAGUUUUUAAAUUAGGACGCCACUCCCACUUUAUUGGUCAGUUGUGCCACCGACAUUGACUUCAAGUUCAAGUAUGAUUAAAAAUUGAAAUAAAUAAUUUUUUUCUGGUCCCAGGGACCGAUUGAUCGUGGUUGAUGAGAACCAGCUCUCUGAUGACACUAACAGUGCCAAGGUAUGAAAAAAACUUUCGAGAUUGAAAAAAAAUUUUUGAAGGAAAUGACGGACAUCGAAAACGUAAGGUUCACCGACCCAGCUUCAAUUUGCUACACUUCAGGAACUACAGGUGGAAAACAUGAAUUGCAAAAUUAUAAUGAAAAUCUUCAGGGCUUCCCAAAGGAGCUGUCUUGACCCAUGGCGGUUUGUCCACCAACGCCGAGCAAAUCGUCAAAGCAUGGGGUUUUACUAAUAAAGACAGGUUUAGUUAAAGAACAUAAUUGAAAAAAAUUUUCACCUUCUACCGAUCAAAUUUGAUAUAUAUUUCUUCAUCAUAAUCUUUUUAUUUUUUUGCAACUUCUUCUCUCAAAAAAAUUGUUUCAUGCUCAAGGGGACCAACAACUGUUUUCAAGGUUUUUCAAUGUUAAAGAACUGGAAUAAAUGUUAUAUUUAGUUAAAAUUUUCAGUUAAUCAUUUAAAUAUAGAACUAAAGAUUAGAACAUCUGACCCUCCAACAUCCUAAAAAAAUGUUUCGACCGCAUAUUUCAGAGAAAAACAACGAGUUAUAAAAAAAUUUUUCAUUUUAGAAAUCUACACUGUCUCCCCUUCUACCAUGUCCACGGGAUGUACAUGUCUCUUCACAGUUCACUUUUCUCCCAUUCUGCACUCAUCUGGAGGAAAAAAUUUGAGGUUAGAAAACCAACUGAAUAAUUUUCAAACCCUGAAAAAUAAUGAUUUAAGGUUGAAGACGCCAUUGAGCACAUGAAAAAUGCGACAGUGAUGAUGGGAGUCCCUACCUAUUUCUCGUGAGUUUCUCUUUCUAAUCUACACAAAAAAGAACGAAAUUGUAGGCGACUUCUGAGCAGCCCGCACUUUGAAAAGCCCGUUUUCUCAAAUAUGCGGGUGUUUAUUUCUGGCAGCGCGCCGCUUUCCGUCGCUACAAUCGACGCUUUUGAGAAGAAAACUGGUCACGUUAUUCUGGAGCGUUAUGGAAUGACGGAAGGUGAGUUAUUUGAUAGAGUUUCAAAGUAGGAGCAUAAAGAAUUUCACGUUUCAAGAAUUUUCCAAUAAUUCAAAACGGUUCAGAAAAAAAGAAAAAAAUAUUUCAAAAAGUUUCAAUGUGCAUCUAUGAAAAAAAUUUUUAUGAUGAUGAGAAUUGAAGAUUUCUAACAAAAAAACAUUUUCAGCGGUUUUUCAUCUGUAUUUCGUUGAAAAGGGAGGAAGAUAAUUUGAAAAAUUCGAAAAAAAUUUCGAUCGUCCAUAUAUCAGAACUCUUUUUAGAAUUACUCACACGAAAUUUAGUGUUCUAUUAAAGUCCUCUUCCAAAGAUUCAUUUUGCAGCCCAAGUAAUGUCGACCAACCCUCUUCAUGGCGAGAGAAUCCCAGGAACUGUUGGUCCAGCACUCGCUGAUAUCAAGGUAAACAUAUAAUGUCUACACUUAUCAAAGAAAAUAUUUCCAGAUCCGUAUUGGAGAAGGCGACGGAAUCGAAAUCCAAUCGCAAUCUCUAUUCGCUGGUUAUUGGAACAAUCCGGAGAAGACCAAGUCGGAGUUCACGGCCGACGGAUGGUUCAAAACCGGCGAUUGUGGAACUAUCGAUGAGAAAGGUUUAGCAAAAUCAAAAAAUAUGAACAGUUUUGUUGGUUUCAGGAUACCUCAGAAUCGCUGGAAGGUCGAAGGAUCUGAUUAUUUCGGGAGGUCUCAACGUCUACCCGAAAGAGAUCGAAGACGCCAUCGAUCCAUUGCCAAAUGUGAAGGAAUCUGCGGUUAUUGGUGAGGAAGAUCACGGAGAUUGAGAGAAAAGGGAACUUUUCAGCUUCUCCUCAUCCUGACUUUGGUGAAGCGGUCGUCGCCAUCGUCGUACUCAAAGAACGCAAGAAGAAAUUCAACGAGAAGGAUUUUGAGAAAAAUAUCAGGGAAAUUCUAAAGGAAAAUCUCGCUCAUUACAAGGUUGGUUUUUUUUGCAUUUUCAUCAAAGUAAGGUUUUUUUAAUAAUACUAAAAUAACUUGACGUAAUUACUUUUUAGUAAAAAUGUGAAAAAGAAUUUUUUUUAAUGAAAAAAACUAGAAAGCUUGCUUGUUAUUUCCAAGAUAUGGUCCGGAUUCUCGUUUCUGCCAUGAUGAACUUUUUGAAACUGAUACUUUUUUCUUUGUCUCUAGGCGUUUCCGACAUAUAUUAGCACAAAAAAAUCAUUAUUUUACGUUUGGCUAAGAAUCUAUGGUUAAACGCUUGAAUUUCUUUAUCGCGACCUUCUUCAUAUCUGCAAAAAAAUUACAACUUUUUUUAAAAAUUUUUUUAUUUCAAAAGGUAACCACUGAACAUUUUUAAAAGUCUUUUUUUAAGAUCCCGAAACGAGUGAUCGUCGUGGAAGAGCUUCCCCGCAACUGGAUGACCAAAGUCAUGAAGAACGUCCUCCGCGAUCAAUACAAAAAUCUGUUUGAUAGUAAAUAG